AUAAUUUUUAUCGGGUGUUAUUAUAGAUCUCGCAAUAAGUUUAUCUCUAAGCUUUUGUACUUGUACUAUCUGUCUAUGCUUUAAAUAAUCUUGUGCCAUUUUAAUCUACGUUCCGCUUCAAAGGAAUGCUAUAUAUAAAUCGAUCUAAGAUCUGAGAAACGUAAAGUGUAUGAUAGAUUAUAAUAACAGAACAAUGUAAUAUUUUAUGAAAAAUGUAAGAAUAAUUAAUAUUAACUGUGUUAGAAGACUGUAAGACAGUCUUGUAUGUAUAGACCGAAAUUCAUAAAACAUGACGAAUAUUUUCAAAAUAAUCUGUAUAUAAGUUUCAUUAUGUAAACGCGACUAUGUAACUAUUUUCAUAUUUAUUUAUCUCACCCAAUAAUUUUUUAGUAUAUUUCUACAAUUUUUCUUUUUUUUUUUUCUUUUUUUUUUAAUUUUAUACGAUCACCCUUACACUUUAAUUCGUUAAACAUUCUACAAACACUCGUACAAACUUCGAACACGAAGGCAGCAAUGAACAAAGGCAAUGUAAUUCCUUAAUUAAACAAGAUUAAUUUUAGUGCAGAUUAAAAAAAAAAAAGAACUCAUUCCAAACCUUCCACACCUCGCGUAUCUCACAAACACCACAAACUUCUAUUUAGACACAAUUGCAUAGACGACUUAGAUCAGCAGGAAGGUGUCUGCGGCAAGAGGAUCCUCACCACGGAUUCCUCCGGUCGGUUCAUCGUUGGCAAGGACUCGACGCCCAUGCAACUUUGGCAGCACGUCGAUUCCAAUGGUAAAUUGCACUAUUCGUUGAUGCCCGCGUCGAACGACGCCAAGAAGAAACCGGAAGAAGAGAACUUGGACGUUUCCCCCACUCUCGUUAAAAUGGAGGACGAGGAGCAACAGAGUAACAUUGGGAAUCGUUACGUGGACGAUUGCGUUCACUUGUGCGAGGUGGCCAUCGACUUUUACACUUGCGAUAAGUGCAGUAUGAAGUUCCCUGCGGAGAGCAUGUUGAACAGACACAAGAUCUCUCACAAAUUGAAUCUAUCCCGGCUUCGUGGAAAACGUUCGAGCAAUGGCCACAGGUUGAAAAGAACGUCGGGAAGGGAGUGUAAGAAAUCGUCGAGGAAACGAAGAUACGAUUGUACGUCGUGUGACUUUAGUUGUGGUAAGAGGUGUUCGUUAACUGUCCACGUGAGAAAGAAGCACGGGCUUGCUUCGGUCAAGGAAGAUUCGAGUAAAAUCUUGUGCGUGAUUUGCGAAAGAAAAUGUGACACUCGAUCUAUCCUGAAUAAACACAUGGAGGGGCACAGGGACGGGAAAACGAGUUAUUUCACGUGCAACAGUUGCAGUUUCUCGUGUAAAAGGAGCAGCACUAUAGUUUCUCACGUGGUGCAGAAUCAUCAGAAGUCGGAUAUCGGGGAAAGCAACUCGAGGAAGAGGUGCAGGGUGGUUAAGUGCAACGAUGAACCGAAGGAGGCGAAGGAGGAAUCGAAGGAAACGUGUUCAGAGAGAGAUAAAUAUGGUUCGAGCACCGCACCGUCCGAGUUCGAAUGCAAAAGCGAGCCUUCUGUCACCACUCGCGCGACCAAGAAACAGGUUAAGAAGCCUGUCGAGGAACAGUGCAAUCUCUGCGACUUCAAAUGUUCGAAAAAGAGCACUUUGUACUCGCACAAACGCCAACACAAAAUCAUGGAGAUCAGCGACGUGUACUCUUGCAACGAAUGCAUAUUCAAGACCAAUAAAAAGUCGUCUCUGUACUCGCAUAUAAAAAGGAAGCACAAGGUGGCGAAAUCGUGCGCGUCCGAUGGCCAGCCGCAAUUAUUCUACUGCAACCAAUGCGACUACAAGAACAAGAACAAAUAUGAAUUAAAAGUCCACGUGGCCAGAAAGCAUACGGAUGAUUUCAAGUUCUCGUGCGAGACUUGUGGCAAGAAAUUCAAAGUGAAAGGUGAUCUGACUAACCACAUACGUUUCAGCCAUAAGGAACAACCGGUUAUCUGCGAUGUUUGCGGGAAAACGUGUCUGAACAGCAACUCUUUGUACGUGCACCAGAAAUUCGCCCAUUACAAGGCUAAAUACGAGUGCCAGGUGUGCAAGAGGCGGAUGGUCACUCAGGAAAACUUGAACGAACACAUGAUUAGGCAGCACGAGAAGAGGGAGAACGUGGUUUGCGAGGAGUGCGGGAAAACCUUCUCCAGGAACAGCAGAUUGAAAGUUCACAUGAGGAUCCAUACCGGCGAUAAACCGUACACCUGCACUAUAUGCAACAAAUCGUUCGCGCGUAGAACAGCGUUGAAACAACAUUUGUUAAUUCAUACUGGGAUCAGGCCUUAUGUCUGUGACAUAUGCGGUAAGGCGUUCACACAGAAACCUGGAUUGAUCAGCCACAGGAAGUCGCAUCCCGGCUCGCAUCCUCCACUUCCUAGGGUGUUGAUCGAUCAUAUACUGAACGAAGUAAUGAACAAUUGAGAUUGUUCAAAAAUAAUUAAAGUGAUCGUUCAAUACCGUGAAUGGAAAUGAUGAACGUUGUCUUGUGCAAUUAGUGUUUUUUUUUUUUUUUUUGAUUUGUCUUAUUGUUAGCGGACUAUGUAAAGGAUUAAGAUACUUUCAAGAUAUUAAAAUAGGGAUAUACAGAUUAUCGUCUGUGUUAUUUUUACAGUUUAUUAGCUUUAUUAAAACCUCGCUAUGGAGAUUUACAAUUUUAUGUAUAAAGGGUUACUUUGUAUAAGUAUCAUUAUAAUGUACUGUAUGUUGCUGAGAAUGUAGAAGAGAUGAGAAAAGAAAUAUUUAAUUUUUCGUUUAAUUAUGAGUUAAUACUUUGAUUUUGUUUUUUGCUUCAACUAUCAUCUUUCUUUAUCUAACGAUUAUUAUCUAUUAAGCCAACAAUCUGAAUUUCAUCUCUCAGAUUUUCUCUCAGUGACAUAGAGUGGCACUUUGAAAGCAUUGAAAUGAAUUGUUUAAAUCUUAAAAUUGCAUAUCUUAAAUUAUUUAUAAAAGUAUAUAUAUGAUUCUCUUGUUUCCGUUCUACGUUAGAAUUGUUAUUGAACAAUUUCGCUCAUUUAUAACACUCCAGAUGUAUAUAACUGUCUGUAAAACGCAUUACAAGAUCUUUUUUAUGUAAUAUAUCCAACAUUGAAUUGAAA